AUGGCGCAGGCGCCGGCGCCGGGCGCGCCGGGCGCGCCGAGCGAGGCAGCGGAGUCUCCACAGAAGAGGAGGCCGACGUUUGCUUCCGACCUGGAGGAGCGAUCCCCCGAGAAAGGCAGUGAAGGCGACGAGGGAGAGAGGGUGGAAGGUCCGGAUCGGAUCUUCUCGCCUCGCUCGGGCAUGCCUGCGCCGAUGCGCUUUGACAUCAGGAGGCUCACAGAGCAGUCUGAGGCUUUCUCAACGGACGACGAGGGCACGCGAUUCCAUCACUUUUUGGCCGUGAAAGGACCUCCCAUUUUCAUCGUGGCGGUGAUGCUGCCGGCUUUCAUGAGGACCUUCGACCUGGAACCCCAGGCCCGCUGUGGUUUCAUCAUGCUUGGGGUCUUGACCUUGAGCCUCUUCGAGCUGAUGCCCCUGUUCUGCGUCGCCCUCUUCAUUCCGGUCCUGGGGAGCAUCUGCGCGGUCUUCGGCGAGGAUCGCACGAUGCUGACGACGUCAAGACUGCUGCUCGGCAGCUUCUUCAACCAGACGUCCUUCUUGGUGUUGGGCAGUCUGGUCAUCAACGCCGUGUUCGAGAAGUGCGGCCUCCUAGACGUGCUGACCUCUUCUUUGCUCCGGCGCUGGCGCAUGGAGAGCAAGAGCUUCCUCCUGGUGAUCAUGCUCUCUACCAUGGCAGCCUGCUCCGUGUUGGUCUCGGGGUCCAUUGUGGUGCUGGCGGCCCUGAAGCCGCUCCUGAUGAAGAGGGGCCCCGGACAGCUGGAAGUGCCCGUGAUCAAGCGCCUAUUGCUGGGAGUCGCGUUUGCUGCCAAUGCGGGCUCCAUUCUUCUGCCCAUCUCCAGUCCCGUGACGCUCAUCACAGUGAGCCUUCUGCGGGACUUUGACCACAAGCUCUCCCUGUGGAGUUGGUUCUUCAUCUCAGCUCCCGUGGCCGUCCCCGCCACCGUUGUGUCCUGGUGGGUCCUCUGCUACUUCUACCCCGCUGAGCACGACGACGCAGAGGCGGUCUUCAAGACGGUGGAGGAGGGCUUGGAGGAGAGCCCUGAGCCGGCCUUAUCACGGCAAGUGAGCCUCAGCCAUGCCUCCGAGGUGCAGAUGACCCAGGGCCACUGGUUCAUGCUCGUGUCCUCCUGCCUGGCGGUUCUGGGGAUGACGAUCUUCGCCGAGGCCUUGGAGCCGGUUUUGGGCCACCCUGCAAUCCUGGCCCUGGCCGUGGUAGUCCUGGCUUUCGGGAGCGGCUUUCUUUCCCGUGACGAGUUCCUGUGCCUGGAAUGGGAUCUCUUAGCCAUCGUCGGAGGCACCAAUGUGAUGGCCCUCAUGGUGCGGGAAACGGCGCUCGCAGCCAAAGGCUCCGCCAUCAUGACCCAGAUGGGUCUCAUUGGCGGCCUCUCGUUCUGGCCUUUCACGGCGCUGGUGAUCUCGACGCUGAUCCUCUUUGGUACUUUCUGCGGCCAUCAGCUUGCGGGAGUCAUUGCGCUGCCUCUGCUGGUGGCGCUGGGCGUGAAGCUGAAGGCCGCAGAGCUCUUUGCAAUGUUAUGUGCUCUUUCGAUCCCACUUGGGAUGGGAAUGCCGAGCUGCUCCUUCGACAACAUGGCGGCCCAAAGCCUCUCGCGCAGCUUGAAACGAAAAGGGUCUGAGCUCUUCGUGCGCGACUACCUCUUGAGCGGCAGUGCCACGGCCGUGUGCGGUGCGAUGCUGACGCUGACACUGGGCUUCGGUAUUGGCUGCUUGCAGCACGGCUUUCCGAAGCCCCCGAGGGAGGUGCGCCACGAGCGCACGCCGGAGGAGCUGGAGCCGCAGGUCGUCAAGGAGAACCGUGUCCUGGACCUGAAGGUUGUGACCUCAAAGAAGCUCGAUCGCAAGGCGCAGCCUGCGAUUCUCUCGUUGCGUGGCCUUCGCCAGUUUGGGCAAGGCAGGAAGAGGCCUGCGAUUCAUCGAGAAAAGAAAGGCUUGGUGCCUUCGAGUGACGCUUCCAAGCUGCAUAGUUCAUAG